CACCGAAUGGAUGAAUAAAUCGGCAGCCUUAAGCCAAGCGUGCAACGGAUUGUGUCCAGAAAUUGUCGGCAAGCCCUCCAUCCCCGUGAUCAAGGAAGCCGUCUCUAACCACCCCCGGAACUCCGGGAAAACGUCCGAGCGUCCUGUCUCUUCCGGCAAGAUGCCAGCCUUCGAAGAAGUCGGCUCCCGGGUAGGGGCGACCCCCAACGGCCCACUGUCCCGUCAGCCCGGCAGCAUGGACCUCCGGCUGAAAGACGUCGGUGGGCCCAACACCCAGGACGCCUACGAGUUGGAGGCCAAGCCGCCACAGGAGAGGAACAGCGAUGACAUCCCGCUGUCGCGCCAACCGGGUUGCAUGGAUCUGCGUCUGAAGGACACCAGCCCCCAGCUGUCCACCUCUAACCGCCCCGGCUCGCGGGAGCCCACCCCGAGGCGGACGAUCUCCGCCGAGGCCCCCCCGUCCGGCCGACCCCGGUCCCGGGAAACGAGGCCCAAAGGCUUAGGGACCCCCGACCAUUUGUCCCCUUGCCGUCCGGGGUCUCUGGAAGCCAACCCUCGUCCGGGGUCCCUGCAGGUCAACCCUCGGGGUGACCGUUCGCCGGAGGUGUUGCCCCCAAGCCGUCCCCUUAUGAAAAGCAGGCAGGGGUUAGAGGUGCCCCAAACGGGAGGUGCCGAAAGGAACGCGUUCCGACCCCUUUCCUCUACAUAAAUCUUCCCGGAAGGCCAGAUUUAAUAAAAGAAAACAAACAAACAAACAAAAAAUCAAUUACCAAUGCUUAAAAAAAAAAAAGUGGAAGGCACCAGUGUGUUAAAAGCCUUUCCUUCUGUGUUUUUUUCCCCCAUUUUUUUGUGUGGUUGUUUCGCGCUCGUCCUCGUUCAGUUCCGUCCUCCCACGCCUCGCCCCUCUCUGUCUCCAAAGUCCCGUUUGCGUCUUCGUAAAUUGGCUGAGAGAGCCCACCCACCCCUAAAAAUAUAUAUGUAUAGGGCCGGUUUUGCUGACUUGCGCCCCGCUUGUCCCCGUGCGCGCUCUGGGAAACGGGACGCCAGUGGGAGGUUCAACCAUCCGUGGGAUUACCAACACAAGUGCAAGGGUUCGAAAAGAAACCGAAAAUCACAAGGAGUGGCCGGACAAUGGAAGGGUGCAGUUAACACCGGAGGGUUUUUCCCCCCGCUUAAUAAUUAAUAAAGGUA